AUGAAUGAAGAGAACCCAUCAUCAUCUAUUAUUUUAGAUGAUCAGCAACAACAAGACAGUUUCUAUAGUGAAAUUAAAGAAUUAGAGAAAUCAAUUCAAUCAAAUAAAUUGAGUGAAAGAAAAAAUACAUUAACAAGAAUUAACUCAAUAGGUAAACACGAAUUAUCAACUCAAGAGAAUGAUGCAACAACGACAACAACAACAACAACAGUUGAUUUAGAAGAGAAAUUAAAAGUAUUGAUCUAUUUAUACUUUACAAGUUAUUCAAUUGGACCUGAUUCACAAUGGAUUUUCAGUUUAGUUCAAUCUUUAAAGCAAUUAUUUAAGGAUAUUUCAAGCGCAACUAAUACUAGCCUUGUGACCGAUGAAUUAAAGAUAAAUAUUGUCAAAUUUACACUUAGAGAGAUUGGUAGAUUAGCGAAAUUAUUACCAACAAAUAAAAGAUCAAAAUAUGUUCCACAAAAUACUUUAAUGUCAUUCUCUUUAGUUUUACUAAACUAUUUCAUUGAUCAAAUUCAAUCAAAUUCCGAUUUAACUACACUCUUAUUUGCUGCUCAAGAAUUAUUAUAUCGUGAAUUAACUUUACAACAUAUGAAAAAUAAUCAACCAAUUUUUAAUCAAAUUUUAAACAAAAAUAAAAUUUUAACAUUUUAUCAAAAUAUUGUUACAAAAGAUUCAAGUAAUAAAAGUUUUUUUAUUGUUUAUUUUUUACUUAGAAAUUUUACAGAUCAAUCAAAUAAACAAAAAGAACAAGAUAAUACAUUCAAAAUUAAUGAUUUAUUAAAUAUUUAUAAUAAGACAGUUAUUGGUAGUAGUCAACAAAAGAUUGAAGAACAUAAAUUUUUUAAGAGGUUAUUUAAUCAAUUGACAAAUGAAGAUUUACAAUCGAUUAUAUUACCACCAUUAUCACGUCAUAUCAAGAGAGAUCAAGAUCAAGUUUUCAAAAUUUUGAUAUUCAUUUUAGAGAAUCUUUCAAGUGAUUUCAAUGUAAUUGAUUUAUCAUCACUUUUGAAAUCAAUGUUAUUACCAAUGUUGCUACCAGUGAUUCAAUCAACCAUUUCAAUCGAAGAGAAUCGUAAACUCUUAAAGAAAACUUUUACUUUAAUCAUUGAGAGAUCAAAAGAUACAAAAUUAAUCUCAUCAAUGAUUACCGAUGAUCUCUUAAAAACUUUAUCAGUAGCUGGUAAUCCAUCACAAAAAUUAAUCAUAAUUUCAAUUAUCUCUUCAAUCAUUUCAACUAAAAAUUUCAUUGAAAGAUUAUCUUUAACAACUGAAAAAUUACAAUUAUCAAAACAAAUACUUCAAUCAAUUUCAAUUUAUUUAGAAAAAGAAUUAAAUAAAGAUAAUAGAAAUAAAGGAUUUAAAUUAUUAGGUAAAGUUAUGAAAAUGGUUGAAGAAUUACCAGAACAAACUAUAAAAAUUAUUACAAAUAGUUUAAAGAAUGAUGAUGAUAUUAUAAAGGGACAAGUUAUUUUAUCACUUUCAAAAUCAUUAGGACCCGAAGCAAAUGGUACAAAUAAAAAAGUGAUUCAAAUUAUUAAUGGUUUUACAGAGACUAUUAAUACAAUCUUAAAGAAUGUAAAGAAUGCUAAAACUUGUGAUCCAUCAACAACAACAGCAUCCUUACAUUAUAUGUUAUCAUUGAUUACAACCACUGGUGUACCAAAGAAUGAUAUUUUCACCAAAUAUUCAACUGAUAAAACUACAAUCUCAAAUCUAUAUGCAUCAACAUCAUUCCUUCAUACUGAUGGUUUCAUUCAAAGAACCUCAAAAAAAGAUCAUGCAAUCGAUUUAUUAUUAACAUUAUUCCUUAGAGUUAAAUCUUUUCCAUCAAUUAAAUUAAAUGACAAAUCACCACUUUAUUCAUCUGUAUUAAAUUGUUUACUUCAUAGUCAAUGGUCAGUUUCAAAACAUUCUGCAAUUAAAAUUAGAUCUAUUUUAUCAAGAAAUGAUUCUGUUGAUAUUGAUUAUCCAUUAUUAUCAAAUCAAUUAUUAAUUGAAUUUUCUACAAUUUUAUUUGAUGAUUCUUUAAUUAUAACACCACAAAUAAUUAAUUCAAAUGUUGAAUCAACAACCACUACAACAACUACAAUUUCAAAUAAAAAGAAUUAUUUAAUUGCAUUUAGAUCAAUUUUAUCAAAAAAUAUAAAAAGUGAAUUAUAUCCAAUGUUAUCAUUAAUUUGUUAUCAUCCAUUUAUAAAUUAUAAUUGGAAACGUGUUUCAUCAUUGAUUCAAAAUGAUGUAAAUACAACUUUAAGUUCAAAUGCUAUUGAAAUUAGUAAAUAUAUUUUUGAAAAAGGUUUAAAUCAAAAGAAAAAUAAAUCUUAUCAACAAGCAUUCCAACAAGCUAUCAAUGGUUUAAUGAAUUAUAAUGUACCAUUGUUGAAUGAAGAAUUGGUUAAAUUAAUGGUAAAAGCAUUAUCUUAUGAACCAGUUUUAGCAAUUACUCAACAACAAUGGUCAAUCUAUCAUACGCUACCAACUGAAUUAUUUGUUGAAAAACAAGAACAACUCGUUGAAUCUAGAAAUGAUCGUAAAGUUAAGCCAAAGACAGCCGAGGAACAACGUGAUGAAGAGUCUAGAAAGAGAAUUGAAGAAAAGAAAAAGAUUCAAUCUGGUGAAUUAGAGAAACAAGAGAAAGAAAGACAAAAACAAUUGGCUGCUCAAGCUGUAAUUCGUAAAGAUGUUCAAGAUGUUAUCGAUCGUUUACAUUUAGCAAUGGAUACCUGUCAAACUAUGGCCAAGUCAAGUUCAAAUCCUCAAUUUGUUGGUGAAUUUAUGUCACCAAUUAUAGUGGCAUUAUUACAAUUGAUGAAACAUGAAAUUACCAAUCAUCAAUUCACUCAAGUAUUUGAAAAGUUAAUUUGUUGCGUACCAUCACGUUUCAAAUUGGAUCGUUCAUUUGCACGUCAUUACAUUUACAUUAUCAAUAAUAUUUAUUAUCGUCCAACUUUAUCAGAGAUUCAAAUUUUAGGUUUCAUUCAAAAGAUUUUAACUCAUAUUAGAGAAUCCAUUGCAAAAGAGGCUUUGAGUGGUUUCGCUUUUAAUUACUUUUGGCCAAUUAUAAAGAAUGGUUUAGAGACUACAAUCUCUUUUACAAUUCAAGAGAUUUCAAUGGAGAUCAUUCAAAAACAUACCGCUCAAGGUCAAGCCUAUCCAAGAGGUUCAAUGAUUUCUUCUUUGAUUAUUGUGGUUUCAACCAAUUCACGUUUAGAAGCUCAAGCUAGAAAUACAAUUUUCCAAUUGAUUGAAGGUGUUGAAACUAGUGAUAUUGGUGAAUUAAUGGAGGGUAUUAUCUCUAAACAUGUUCAAGUUCGUUCGAUUUGCUUACAAGCAAUUGAGAAAAUUCCUUCCAUUUAUUCACCAUCAUUCGUUUGGGAAGAUAAAUAUAUUGGUAGCCUUUGGUUUGCAAGAUUCGAUAAUCAUGAUGCAAAUACCUCUGCAUUGGCAGAGAAGAUUUGGUUGGCUACAAAUCAACCAACUCAAUUACCAGAGGAUUUCAUGAAACUUUUAUCAGAUUCAACUUUUAAUGUAAACUCUGAAACUAGAAAAAUCAAUGCAUUGGCAAUUAAAGAGGCUGCCACUUGUCAUACUCAUAUGAUUCCAGAGAUUGUUGAUAAUCUUUUCGAGAUUUAUGAACAAAAUUAUCCAGAUGAAAUUAGAGAAACUCCAAUCACUAGUAAAUUUAGAAUUUCCGUAGCCACUGCUUUAUCGGGUUUAGGUAAUGCAAUCGUUGAACCAGAGGUAUUGAAAUCAUUAUUCACUAAAAUCAUUGAGCGUGGUUUAUUCGAUCCAAAGGAAGAGGUUGUUCAAGAGUUUGUAUCAACUGGUAUGUCAAUUAUUAAUCAACAAGGUGUUCAAUUCUCUGGUGAAUUGUUGGCAACUUUUGAAGCUUUCUUGGCACGUCCAGAUAAUGGAACAGGUGAAGAGGAUUCAAUUCGUGCAAAUGUCGUCGUCUAUAUGGGUGCUUUGGCAAAACAUAUGGAUGCUUCAAAUCCAAAAGUUUCAAUUGUAAUUGAUAAGCUAGUGGAUGCUUUAUCAAUUCCAUCAGAGAGUGUUCAAGUUGGUAUUUCAAAAUGUAUCGCUCAAUUGAUUCCAUCAUUUAAGAAACAAGGUGAUCGUUUAAUUCCAAUGUUAUUAGAGAAAUUAAAGAAUAGUAGUGGUAAUUAUGCAGAUAGACGUGGUGCAGCAUUUGGUUUAGCAGGUUCUGUCAAGGGUUUAGGUAUUGGUUCUUUGAAAAACUAUUCAAUUCUCGAUACUCUUCAAUCCUAUAUCGAAGAUAAAAAACAUCCAACUAGUCGUCAAGGUGCUUUAUUUGCUUUCGAAUGUCUUUGUAAUACAAUUGGUCGUGUUUUCGAACCAUACAUUAUUCAUAUUCUUCCAAAACUUUUAGUUUGUUUUGGUGAUAAUGUUAGUGAGGUUCGUGAUGCUACAGCAGAUACUGCCAAAGCUAUCAUGUCACAACUUAGUGGUCAUGGUGUUAAAAUCGUUUUACCAGCACUAUUAAAAGCAUUGGAUGAUCGUUCAUGGAGAACCAAAGAAGGCUCAAUUGAAUUAUUGGGUGCUAUGGCUUUUUGUGCACCAAAACAACUCUCAUCAUGUUUACCAACUAUUGUACCAAAACUUACCUAUGUUCUCAAUGAUACUCAUACCAAAGUUCAAGAAGCAGCUAAAGAAGCUCUCUCUCAUAUUGGUUCAGUCAUUAGAAAUCCAGAAAUUCAAAUUCAUGUACCAUUAUUACUUCAAACCUAUGAUGAUCCAGAAAUUCAUUCAAAAGAAUUAUUAGAGAAUCUUUUAUCAACCAAUUACGUUCAUACAAUUGAUCCAGCUUCACUCUCUUUAUUACUUCCAAUUUUAGAGAGAACUCUUAAAGAGAGAAGUAGUGAAUUAAAGAAAAUGUCUUGUCAAAUCGUUGGUAAUCUUUGUUCAUUAACUGAACCAAAAGAUUUAGUACCUUAUUUAAAUAUUUUAAUGCCAGUUAUGAAAACCGUACUUUUAGAUCCAAUUCCAGAGGUUAGAGCCAUUUGUGCACGUGCACUUGGUUUAUUAGUUCGUGGUAUGGGUGAAGAGAAUUUCUCAACUCUUAUUCCUUGGUUAUUGGAAACCGUUAAAUCUGAUCAAGGUGCUGUCGAAAGAAGUGGUGCUGCUCAAGGUUUAUCAGAGGUUUUAGCUUCAUUAGAUAUUAGUAGAUUCAAUUCAUUAAUCAAUGAAUUGUUAGCAAUGACCAAUUCACCACGUCCACAUGUUAGAGAAGGUAUUUUAUCAAUCUUUAUUUUUACACCAAUUUCUUUGGGUGAUCUUUUCCUUCCAUAUCUUCCAAAAGUUUUACCACAAGUUUUGAAAGGUUUAGCUGAUGAUUCUGAUCCAGUUCGUGAAGUUUGUAUGAGAUGUGGUCAAUCGAUUGUUUUACAAUUUGCAGUAACAGGUAUUGAAGUGAUUGUUCCAGCCUUAGAGAAAGUAUUAUUCCAUGAAAAUUGGAGAAUUCGUUUAUCUUGUGUUCAAUUAUUUGGUGAUUUAUUAUUCAAAUUAGCAGGUACAACCGCUCAAGAAGUCCAAUCAAAUAAUAGUUCUUAUAAUGCUAAAGAUGAUGAUGAUGAUGAACCAGGUUCAAGUGGUAAUGAUAUUCAAAAGAUUUUAGGUAAAGAAAGAUUAGGUCGUAUUCUUUCAUCAUUGUAUAUGAUGAGAUUUGAUAAUAAUUCAUCAGUUCGUCAAAAGGUAUUAUUAAUUUGGAAAUAUAUUGUUAGUAAUACACCAAAGACACUUCGUGAGAUUUUACCAACUCUUAUUGAAAUGAUUAUUAGUUCCAUUGGUUCAAAUAAUGUUGAAAAGAGACAAAUUUCCGCUAAAACUUUGGGUGAUAUUGUUAGUAAACUUAGUGAUCGUAUUUUACCAGAGAUUUUACCAAUUCUUGAACGUGGUCUUAGAUCAGAACUCGAAGAAACUAGACAAGGUGUUUGUAUUGGUCUUAGUGAAGUUAUUUCCUCUGCAAAGACUCAAUUACUUCCAUACCUUUCAAGUGUUGUAACUUGUAUCACCAAAGCAUUAUGUGAUCCACUCAUUGAUGUUAGAGAGGCAGCCGCUAAAGCUUUCGAUCAUCUCUAUCAUACUUUUGGUUCAAAAGCUAGUAAUGAAAUUUUACCACAACUUAUUCAACUCUUGGAUAAUUCCAACAAUAAGGAUCUUGCUGGUUAUGCUUUGGAUGGUCUUCGUCAAGUUAUUUUAGUUAGAAGUAGUAUUGUAUUGCCUGUACUUAUUCCAAAACUUUUAAGUAGACCUAUUUCAACAAGUAAUGUCACUGCUUUAUCAUCACUUGCCGCUGAUGCUGGUGAAGGUCUUUACGUUCAUCUUUCAACUAUUAUUCCAUCACUUAUUGAAUCUUUCACAAAUCCAAAUACUAUUUCAAAUGCUAAAGAAAUUAAAGAAGCCGCCGUUUCAAUUUGUAAAUCAAUCGAUGAACAAGGUUGGGAUACUUUAAUUGGAUUGUUAAUUGAACAAACUGAAAUUAGAUUACCAAAUAUUCGUUUGGGUGCUUGUGAACUCAUUGGUGAAUUCUAUAAUGGUAAUACCAUGGUCACUGAAUAUCCAGAGGAAUUAUUACUUUCAUUACUUUCAUUAUUUAAUGAUCCAGAUGCAUUGGUACAACAAGCAGCAAAUAAUGCUUUGGGUUUCAUCACUAAAUCUUUGAAAAAAGAUAAUCUUACCUAUUUACCAGUCUUCCAAAAAGGUAUUCAAUUGUUGGUUAAUGAAACCUAUGAAGAGGUUUCAACUAUUCCAGGCUUUUGUUUACCAAAAGGUUUGGCUUCAGUUUUACCAGUUCUUAUCUCUGGUCUUAUGUAUGGUACAAGUGAUCAAAGAGAACAAGCUACCAAUACCCUUAGAACCGUUAUCAAUCAUACUAGUGCCGAUGCUCUCAAACCAUUUGUUAUGCAAAUCACUGGUCCAUUGAUUUUGGUAAUUGGUGAUAAAUUCCCAUGGCAAGUUAAAUCUGCAAUCCUUCAAACUUUAUCAUUACUCAUUAGUAAAUCACCAGCAAGUAUGAAGAUUUUCCUUCAUCAACUUCAACCAACCUUUAUUAAAUGUCUCUCUGAUUCUCAUAAAAAUGUUAGAACCAAUGCAGCCUCUGCUUUGGGUCUUUUAAUGACAUUAAGUUCUUCAGUUGAUCAAUUGGUAAAUUCAUUAAUCACUGGUAUUAGUACAGCCGAUAGUAUUUCACAAGAAAGUAAACUUAGAGCACUUCAAUCCAUUUUUGAAAAGAAACCAAAAGUUGAACAAGCUACACUCGAUAAAGCAAUCGCCACCAUUGUGGACUUCCUUUAUCAACCUUCCGAUGAUCUCAGAUCAAUGGUCGCUCAAACUAUUGGUGCCUCUUCAAAAUGUUUUACUUCUCUCACUGAAUUGAAUCAAUUCAUUAAAACCAAUCUCAUCUCACCUUCUCAAUCAGUACUCUCUCGUUAUGGUAAAUCAUUGGCAUUGGGUGAAAUUUUCAAAGCAUCUGGUAAGAAUUUAAUCGAUUCUCAAUCACCAAAUAUGCCAACCAUCAUUAAAAUCAUUCAAACCGAUUGUCGUGAUGAAAAAGGUCCAAUUCGUGAAUCCUCUGCUUAUUUGGCUGAAGCUAUUUUAGUUGCUUCGCCUUUAACCUAUGCAAAGGAUUUAGUACCUUCCAUUUGUCAUCUCAUUGGUGAUCAAUCAUCUUCCGUAUCAAUUAGUGCUCUCAAUGUUAUUAAACGUUUCUGUAAAUCAAAUCAACAAUUAUCAAGACAAUAUUUACGUGAUAUUGUCGUACCAACUAUGAAUAGAUUAAAAGAAAGAACUAAUUUACCUCUAAAAUUAGCUGCUGAAAGAACUUUAGUUCAUUCACUUCAAAUCUUUAAAGAAUCCAUUGUAAUGGAUGAUUUAAUUAAACAAUUAGAAUUAUCUGGUGAUUCAUCAAUGGCAAAUUCUUUAAUUGAUUAUCAUAAAAGAGUUUUAAUGAAAUUAUCACCUGAUAGUGAUAUUGAAAAAUAA